AAAGAAAUAGCGAAUUAAUAGAGCUAUAAUAACUGUGAUACAAAUUUAGGAAUCUACUUAGACUAAUUGACCUACUUUGUUCUUGACAGGUAAAAGACAAAGUUGAAUCCAGAAUUGGAGUGAGAACACACGUACGACGGUUCCAUCCAUUUAGUUUUAGUUUGGAAUAAUAUGGAUGUAUUUCAAGACAUGUUUGCUGAACGUGGUUGGACUGAUGAGUGUGAUAAAUUGCCAAAUAAAACAACUAUUUUUACCACGGACUUCAAUGGUAUUCCGGAAACAUUAGUAUUGAACGUUAUAUCAUGGCUGUUAUUGAUUGGAUUAUUUACCGUAUUGCGACAUCAGGCCGGUGACUAUGGCCGGUUGGCGCUUGUAAAUAGCAAUGGCAGUAAAAAACGUUGGACUGAAGUGUUCUAUUCGCGUGCAAGUAUGGUUGAUACGCCCCAGCCGCAAGCAACCACCAGUCGUAUGCAAAAUGGUGCCGAGGAAGGUCGUGGUAGUCUUACAUCGAAUGCUUCUGAGCCCCCGUUGUCGCCCAUUCAUUCCGACCAAGGAAUUUUCGCUUGGAUUAGAAUAACAUGGAAACUACGCAAGGAGCAAAUACUGUUGCAUACCGGACCAGAUGCCGUUCAUUAUCUUUCAUUUCAACAACAUCUUAUGGCAGUAAUGGCUAUAGUUACCUUGGUUUCGUUGAUUAUCAUAUUACCGGUAAAUUUAUUCAGUGGACCUACUGAAGGUAGAUCCGAUCUCAAUGCGUUUGGACAUACAACAAUAGAGAACGUGCCUUACGAAUCGCCCUGGCAAUGGGUACACGUUAUCGUCACGAUUAUAUAUGCGCCGCUGAUUGUGCUGGUUAUGCGACGCUCUUCCGGUCGUAACGCCUUCAAAACAGCAUCCACGCGUACUAUUAUGAUAUCCAACAUCUCCGCAAGCGAUCGUAAUAAAACUGUUAUUCGUCACUAUAUACAAGAAUUGUUUCCGGAUGUGAAUAUCGAGGAUGUGCAAAUUGCAUACAACAUAUCCAAAUUAGCAACACGAAAUGCCGAAUAUGAAAAGAUAUUAGAUGCACGAAUGUUUUGCGAACAUCAUCGUGACCGUGAUACACUACAGGUUCAACCGAAUUUAUGCUCCUGCGCUAAAGAAAAUGCAUACGCCUACUAUCAACGCGAAGAGCAAAAACUAGCUGGAGACGUCGCACGUUUGCGAGCUGCUGCACUUAAUGAACCACUUGGCAUUGCCUUUAUCACUGUUUCUACUGUACACGAGGCCCAAAACAUUGUUAGUCACUUUACACCUGGUACUUAUAGAAAGUGGAAUUUGGAAUUCGCGCCUUCACCAGAUGACCUGUUUUGGGAGCAUUUGAAUGUCAGCAAAAGUAAUUGGUAUCUCAAAUGGGGAGCCGUAAACUUCAUUCUAUUUCUAGCCCUUUUCUUCCUCACUACACCGGCAAUCGUGCUGAACUUUCUAAAUACUUAUGCCUUGGCUAAAGGCAAUAUAUACACGAUAUCGCCACUAGUGUCAGAGUUUUUGCCAACACUGUUGUUGUGGACACUUGCAGCACUGAUGCCAGUGAUUGUCGCCUUCUCCGAUAAAUGGUUGGCACAUUAUACACGUUCUUUACAAAAUUAUUCGAUUAUGAUUAAGUGUUUUUGCUAUUUAUUAUUGAUGAUUCUAAUUUUGCCUUCAUUGGGACUAACAUCAGCACAAAAGUUAAUCGAAUGGUCAAUUAGCAACGAUACCAUACGCUGGCAUUGCGUUUUUAUGCCGGACCGCAGUUCAUUCUAUGUUAACUAUGUUAUUACGGCUGCUUUUAUUGGUACGGCACUGGAAUUGUUACGAUUUCCGGAGCUCAUCGUUUAUAUUUGGAUGUUGUGUACGGCCAAAUCGAAAGCUGAAACGCCAUACAUACGCAAAUCGAUAUUGAUCGAAUUUCCGUUUGGUAUUCACUAUGCUUGGACAGUAUUGGUAUUCACUAUUUCUACGGUUUACAGUGUUUCUUGUCCACUAAUAAUGCCGUUCGCAAUGAUAUAUAUCUGUUUUAAACAUUUUGUGGACCGUCAUAACCUGUAUUUUGCUUAUGGCCCUUCAAAUAUGAUAUCAAGGAAUGGAGGAAAAAUUCAUUCGACUGCAGUCACAAUGACCAAAUCUGCAAUUAUAAUUCUGCUCUUGGUAAUGGCAAUGAUCUCAGUUCUACGGGAAAGAGGCAAUGCACGUUCCAUUAUACUUCUUAUUACGCUCGUGCUAACAUUGACAUUGUUUACGUUCAUGUCGCCUAUAAAACGUUGUGCGUCAGUACCCCGUCCCAGUGUUGUAGAAAUGGCUGGCCCAGCGCCAGUGUACGUGCCUGAAGUCUUACGACCGCGCGCAGCUGUUGCUUCAGCAGCGACGCACAAUCACGGCGCGACUAAUGGCGGCGGUAUUACAGGCUAUGGUUCAGAUAGUGUGUCCGAUUUUGAUAUUAGCUCACAAUGUAGCGUCAAUAGCGUAGAUGCUUGAAGGAGAAAUUUUGUUAAAUAUCGGGUUCUAGAUAGAUACGAAUAAAAAUCGAUCAUAAACA